AUGCCUGCUCGCCAGCAGUUGUGCCAUGUGGUGGAGCUACUGCAGUGCGCAUUGCUACCCUGCCUCAGCAGCCGAUCUCUCGCGGCGAUUGAGGGCAUCUGCAAGGAGCUGCGCAAGACCAUCGUCGCAGGUGAGCUAUGGGCCCGAUGCUUUAGCUUAGCGUUGCCCGACUUCGAGCUUUCUCCGACUUGCCUCACAGUCCUGAACUGCGAAGGAGAUGGCCGCGGCCGCGGCGAGCUCAAGCAUAUCCUCGGUACUCUUGCAGCAGUGAGGAACCAUGCGGUCAUCGACUUGAAAGGUGUUCGACUGCCCCUUCCAAACCCGGCCAUGGCAAAGCAGCUCUUGUCCAAGGUUGAAAUGGCCAGAAUCAAAGCCUCGAAGCAAAUGGAAGAAGCAGGAGUUCCUGGACGGGUUUUGAUGCGGCAUGUCUGCUUCCGUCAGGAGGCCCAGGUGCCUGCCCCAUAUCGUGGCCUUGACGUCAUUUGCCGUGCGAGUGAACCUAUACUUUUUGACUUGGAGAAGCCGGAUGGUCAGAUCCAGUCGAUGGCUCUCCAGCUGAAGUGGGUGGAGAACGAGGUGCGCCUACGCGUGAUGCUGGUGCAGAACGGCAUGUGGCCUUUCCCUGUUGCUGAGUCAGAAGCCAGAACCCUGGCCGUGGACGUUGUAGCUACGAGCAAAAUGCCAUUGCUUGCGACGAGGGGAACACAGGUGAAGCUCGGGGCUGGUUGGUAUCCAACCAGCGGCAUCACCGCAGCGAUGAUGCCGACAUCAGAUCUGUUUCGGCUCCUGGCAACCGAUGGCCUUACCUGCGUCAUCGCCGUCUGUGACUACGUCGAGAGUCAUGCAGUGAAUGCGGGCCUCAGCUACGUGAACUGUCUCUCUUUGCAGUUUCCCUGA